AUGGGGGCCAUCAUGUGCUGCUUACGCGGCCGCGGCCCCGGCGACGACGCGCCUGGCUGCUGCUGCCUGCCAUGGCCUUUCCUGAACAACGAUCGCAACAACGAUAACAACAACAACAACAGCAAUCACAACUCGGGCGGUCCUGCUCGUCAAAGAGCAAAUACACGGGUUGCGCCUGUUCAGGGAAGGGUUCCUCCUGCGGGUUCACGGCAGGAUGAUUCAAUGAACACCUUCCGCUGCCCUCCUAGGCCUUUGCCUUAUGAUGAUCCUCAAUUCAGACAUCAAACGGAGCGCCACCCGCUGGUGGCAGGACAUAACAAGGCUUCAACGCAAUCCCAGAAAUCUAAACUACUUGAAGAAAACAAUGAUGCUGAUACCAGAUCAACUUGUGCCGAUCAGAAGGCUGAUGGACCGUCCCUGAAAGCUGAGUCGGGAGGUAAAAAGAUCGGGGGAGCUCAAGUCUGUGUUCCUUCUGAUUCUGAGGAUGAUUGUCCAAUAUGCCUAGAAGAGUAUGAUUACGAGAAUCCAAAGAUAGUGCUUCAGUGCAACCAUAAUUUCCAUCUUAGUUGCAUUUACGAGUGGAUGGAAAGAAGUCAAUCUUGUGCGGUUUUAAAGAGGACCAAUAACAUGCUGGCUGCAAUUCUUUACACAUGCUGA